GAUAUACUGACCUCGCACACGAAGAGUAGACGAUCCUCCUACCAUCUGCCACCCCCUGUCCCUUGUCAAUCGCCCGGUUAUCAUCAUCUCAGCAUCGCAGUCCACACCCUCUUCACCUCUUUGCCUCAAUGAUUCUCUAAUUCCAUCUCCCUUCGUCUCAAGCGAAGCGGGAGCAGAAAUCGCAGCAGCUCGUACAUCCAGGAGCGAGCAAAAAGGAGAGGACUCGCCGGAUAGCAAGUAGGUUACAUCAGAACGGACAGGCACGCAGGCAGUCCCAUCGCAGACGCAAAGAUUGUAGCUUCGACUCUCCAAAACCGAAGAGUGAUCUGACCGGUUCGCCAUGACGGGGGUUCAAGAGGACAGCCAUGUGAGCGAAGGAGCUCCCUCUGCUUCUGCUUCUUCCUCCCUGCCCUCGACAACGUCCACUACACUGGACUUCCACUCUGGUCAAGCAAGUCAGCAUUCUUCCCAACCAUCUGCAUCAUCCCAUGAAGGAUCCCCCAGCACCUCGCAAGUACUUCCUAUCCGUCAUCCCGCGCCUCUCAGGGCCGCCGACGUAGAAGCACAGCCGCCGACGCCCACUAUCUCAGCUUCAAGCGGCAAGCAUCAUCACCAUCAACGAUCGCGAUCGGUCAAUCUCAGCCCUACCAUUCCCGGAGCCCCUUUUGCGGGUAACAUGGGCAGCUUCAGCUGGGAAAGCCCAGCUACGAGACAGAGGGCUGCGUCGCCGCUCCACAAUACCACCUCUGCUGCCUCUAGAGCGACUCCCAUGAGCCGACCGGCUUCGCACCCUGGCCCCGUACCAGUCGGAAGCAGCUCUGCUUCAAGCUCUAGCUCGUCCUCUUCUCACAGCGCAGAUGCACCUUAUUCAAGAUCGCCAGAAUCAAAGCGAAACUCCUUUUCGCCAUCAAAUCAACAGGUGAUGGGGCCAGCAAGCUGGGACAGCCUGAACAGACGCAGCUCUUCACCAGCGAGAGGUUAUGGCAUUCCGCUUUCUCCCCGAUUACAGGCUUUUGGCUCGAAUCGAGGCAGGAGGCCUAGCUCAGGAGGUUCCGGAAGUGGCAGGGGCGGGAAUGUAGCUGUCUCCAAUCGCCCGUCCUCACCGGUCCCUCUGCCCUCGAGUCCCCGAGCUGGUCAUCUACCGAUACCAGCUGGGCCGGAUCCUGAGCAUCCCUUUGACUCGGUCUGGCCAUCGGAAGGGGGGCAUUCGCCCUUGGCCUCUCCUCGAGGCAGAGAUGCUGCAUCCAACUGGGCAUCUGGAACGAUGGGUGGUCCCAGCGACCGUUCCAACUCGCGUAGCCCCUCGAGACUGCCCAACGGGACCUUGGGAGGCAGACGAUCCCCCUUUGACAGGCAGGCACGCUCCUCGGGCUCGUCCUCGUCAGGAUCGCCCACGCAGUCCAAAGGAAUACCAUUUGGUCUAGAAGGACUUGUGCACCGCAGGAGUCUUUCAGGAUCGGCCAGCCUCGGAUCAUCUCCAAGCUCAUCGUCAAGCGCAUCGCCGCCGGCUUUUGCGGGUCUGCUCUCCCACCCGCCACAUAACCAGAGGGACGGUCCGUUCGAUGCUGCUCAGCCUGCGCCAGCUCCGCCGCUCACUAGUCUCAAAGGUCAAUCAGAUGCUGCCGUCCUGCCAUCUGAAUUGAGCCCAAUUUUCAAAGUAAUCAGCCCUUCCAAGUCUACCUCACAAGUGGACUCUCAAAAUGCGCAUGCGCAGGGAACGCCAACUGGCGAGGAUCCGCCAGACUUAGAUCAGGACUUUUCGGAUGACAAGCAAGCACCGAGUCCUGUCAGGCGGCCGUCGAGCGACUAUGAUAGCAGCGGUUCUUCUGCCCCGAUCUUCCGCACUUCAUCGCCCUUCCUACCGCGCCCACAGACCCCAAAGACUGGAGCCUCGCCCUCAUCGCCGGCCAACUUGGGCUCGGUCUCGCCUCCCAAGACCCGCUCGUUCAUCGGUAUGCCGCCGAGAUCCGGCUACGAUCUAUCGGAUGACCCGGAUGAUGUUGGUUCCGAAGAUGGAGCUAGUGUCUCGAGCGGCAAAGACUCAGCCAGCAAUGCAGACGAUGAUGACGACAGGGAUAUGGAAGAUACAGAAGCGGAUAUGGAGGGCCAGCGGGAUGGGCAUAGCGAUGCGGAAGAUGAAGCCUUCUCUGCUGAUGAAGAGGAUACUGCCUCCUGUGAGAAGAGGAGAGCGGCUGCCGCUGAUCAGCUAGGCGGAGGGGAAGGUCAUGAUGGCGGCCACGGAUCUACGGAUCGGGACGGCAACCAGACCACACCAAGCUUUGCAGAGAGGCCUGCGAUGCCACCCAAGCGGCCGAGCCUGUCCCGCUCUUCUGCUGUCCCGACUCCUCCAGAAAGCCCAUCUAUGGCGUCUGGAGGUAUGAUGCAAUACUUUCGGGAUCCGUCGGUCAAGUCCGAGGGUAUGCCAUGGGAAGGCAGCCACGAUGCAAAUCUGCAGUCUACUUCAGAAGCGGCUCAGGAGAGUCUUGGCGACAUUGCAGCAGACGAAGUGGACCUGGCGCAACGAGACGGCAACGAUGCUCUGCUAGAUGGUGUGGACAUCCACGGGAAUGGCACUAUGGGCGACAUGUCCCAAGGAGCACCGACACCCGAUCAGCCCAAUGCCGAUGCUGCUACAGCUGCUCUAUCUGCAGAGAUGGAGCAACCGGAGGAGAGUCUGAGUACCCUCGAGAGGAUCUUCCUCUUUGCCAAGAGCGAGAUGACAUACCAUCGCGUCAUCGUCUCCCGAUCGCUUCCGGCCUGGAUUCGCGAAGUAGAGCUCUCGGAAGCAGUAGAGUAUGUCAUCCCUCUUCUCAACGGUCUAGCAACCGAUGAACCGGAUGUCUGCACUGCCUUUGCCGCCGAGGUGCAUCACGUCAUGUGGUACUUCUACCGCAACUGCCCUCUGGCUGAACUAGAAAGCCAAGAUGCUGCUGCGGAUAUGAUUGGAGCAGACGAGUCAGGAUCCAGGGAGAUGGCCAUCAGGCCGCGUAUACCAGUCGGCAUCUUUACUCCUCUUCUAUGCGCUCUACUCCUCAACCAGAACUCCGUCGUCGCGAGCACGGCGCAAAGCUCCGUCGUCAGCUUCUUCCAAUUGCUCCACGCUCGGGAGAGCAGUGGAGAAGGCGUAGAUGCAGAGACGUCGGCCGAUGACAUUGUCGUACCUCAUGCAGAGGGUCGAGAUGGAGAACCGGUAGCGUACGAUAACUACAGCUUCGGGCCGAAGUCGAAAGAGACGAUCAUUGAUGAGCUGCUCGAACAUGUUGCCUUGGCCAUGGGCAAGUCACACAGUGGCCAUGAGGAGCAGCUUUCCGAGCCACAGCAGCCUGGCGGCGAAAAUGGUGGCGAAAGCCAUGCGGGGACCUCUGAUGCCGCAGGUGCCAACACUGCAGAUGGAGCGUCCUCCUCCCCUAUUCCUUUCAAGGUCAACGCGGCCGAGGAAGGCGACUCUUCCUGGGAUGCAGAGAUGCAAGAUGAGUCUCAGGCUGCCGACGACUGGCGCAAAGGCGGCUCCCCCUUCGACAGCUCCUCGCCGAUGUUCAGCGCCUACGGAAAAGUUGACGUUGACGAAGAGGCAGCUGUGGGCAGAAUGGCUUCCGUCAGUCUGUUAGGAGCUCUCAGUGCCGAAGACGCUGUUUCUGCGGAAAUUGUCAUCACGCGCUUCGUGGAUGAAAUCGUCAGCUUCAAAGAUGACCCGGCAUUCUACGUUCGCAAGGAGGCGGCGGUCGCGCUUGGUCCUUUGAGCAGAUAUCUGAGCGACGAGGACGUCGAGCGACGCUUGCUGCCUGCGUUUGAUAUAUUCUGCGAGGACAAGAUCUGGCACGUCAGACAAGCCGCUUGCUCUUCCCUGCCGGCCAUCUUCAAGAAGAUCACUGGGGACCUUCGACGACGACGUGUGGUCGCAUUGCUCCGAGCGUUUUCCAAUGACGUCUCGAGGAACGUCAGGACAGCUGCACUAGAGGUCAUCGGCGAGGCCAUCUACCUCUUUCACGGAGAGGAAGAGGGCGUGCCAGAAGAAUUGGUCCGCUUCUUCCUCAAUGAGCCAUUCGACGGCCCGCACAGUAGCGAGGAUCAUGCGACUACAGAAGGCCACGGAGAGGAGCGUUCGCCCUCUCCUGGCAGUGGCAGCUUCCUCUUUGCCGACUUUGGCUUUGCUGCCGCCCUCAAUGGCAACAACAACGGCACAAUGCAUUCGCGCAAGGACUCCCACUGGGGCUCAAACUUCAUGGGCAUCCAAGGCGGCGAUCCAGAGCGACCGCUGAUCAUGGCUUACAACUUCCCUGCAGUCGUCCUCACUCUCGGCGGAGCAGCUUGGCCUCGUCUUCGUCAAGCCCAUGGCGAUCUCUGUGCAGACCCUUCUUCGAAGGUGAGGCAGUGUCUUGGAGCUUCACUGCACGAGCUUGGCAAGCUGAUCGGAGCCGAGGGUACCGAGAAUGACCUCCUUCCGGUUCUCCACCGCUACCUGACUACCGAGGAGGAUCCAGACGUCAAAGCGUCUGCGCUUGAGAAUACCCACGUCAUCCUGGCCCAUCUUCCCAGGGACACUGCGAUUCGUCAUCUGAGCGCACUCCGCGACAUGUGGUCCACUAGCUUUGCUUAUGACUGGAGGCUGCGAGAGGGCCUGGCGCUGCAAGUACCCAUGCUGGCUGAUCACUUUGUCCUCGAGGACGAAGAAGGCAGUCUCAUGUCCAUCAUGCAAGUCGCUCUCUCCGACCCAGUCAGCGCCGUCCGCGAUGCAGGCGUCAAGGCGGUCCCUUCGCUGUACAAGAACUUUGCAGAGCACGAUCAGACUAUAGCGGAUGGUGUCCUGGGUAUGCUAGCAGAUAUGGGCGAGUCGUCCAGCUACCGAGAAAGAGUAGGCUUCCUCCUCGCUGCGCGUGCCCUGGUCGAGUCGCGCAUCCAGCGCUCCUCCUUCCAGCUCAUCGUCCUGCCACGACUCAUCUCUCUUGGCUCAGACCCCGUAGUGGAUGUGCGCAUGGCUCUAACUCGUGCAGUACACCUGAUGUGCACCCUAGACGAGCUCUACGCUUCAGAGCAAAGUCGCUCUCCCGAACUCGUUGAGCUGCUCAGAAAGCUAGUCACCGACUCGAGCACCCUGGUGCGUGACACGAUUGUGGAUCUCUUCGACUCGGAAGAUCCUAUUCGGAACGCUGAACCGCAAGCGGGCAUGCAAGGCAGACGUGAGCUCAUUUUGGGACCUGCAGAGGGUGGGCCUCAUCGACCUGAGCCGGCUGUCUCCAUGUGGGAGCAAGAGGGGGGCAAUGCGCAGCAGAGCUCGGGCGGUCCCUUCUCCAUGGACGAAGAUGAGCACGACGACGAGCAGAGGGAAGGCAUGGUGAACGGCCUUGUGCGUCUGUCAAACACCGACGACGAAGACAAUGGCGACGAUGCGGACGUCGUCCACAUGAGUGAGCACGAUAUCGACUCGGAUCAGGAAAUGGUCAACAUCGAAGCCGAUUCCUCCAUGUUCGAUGACGACGACGAUGAAGACGACGAUGGUCCUUUCGGCAUGCAACACGCGCAGCACCACCCUUACGAAGGCUUUGGGCCUGCGCAUGGACAACAGGAGCGAGCGGAAGGCUCAAAUGAGGACACGGGAGCGGACGACAGUUAUGGCAGUCAGGAAGAGGCGCCGCAUCAUCUGCUGAGUGUAGGGGGAGGUAGUCCCAGUCCCUCGUAUGCCGCUGCCGUUGCUCAAGGCGGUUCGGGGUCUACACCCCUCGGUCUGAGCAUGAAUGGCUACGCAGAAGGCAUGGAUCCCGAAGCCUACUCGCUCACCUCUCCCGAGAGGACCAGGACAGGCGGCUCAGGCCCCGCAGCGGAGCAGGGUGGAGUGGCGUCCUCGUUCGGCAGCAGCGUCUCGACCAAUAGCGGAUCGCCUCAGAGCAACCGUACUAGCGGCUCCUCUUCGGAUCCCACCUCGUCGUCGUCGGACGGAUCGGACGAUCUGGUCAAUGAGCGCAAUGCUUCGAGCAAGCCCGUCGAUCCUUUCCUUUCCUUUGUCAGUGGUGCCCUUGGACCUCCUUCCACGCUCAAGCAGUCGCAGGUGCAGGCGCAGGAAAAGAGGAACGGCGACAGUAUUGGAGGAGAUGCGGAAGAGGAGAGUGUGAAUGUAGCAGCAGGUGGAGACGAGGAGGAGACGUCGCAGUGAAGGGUUGGGGUAGUGCAAGAGCGUAGCGUACUGUAGUCUAGUCCUUCUUAGUCUUUUGCCACAGCGAGGCGUUGAAACUUGCACAGAAUCUGAGAGAGAGAGU